AUGUCUCGGCCACCGGGAAGAAAGCAGGAGAACCACAAAAUACAUUUUCUAGUUUGCUUCAUUUUUGAUAUCCACCUUUUCUGGCAGAGCAGAGAACUUUUUGUACUCACAUAUGGGGCUUUGGUAGCCCAGCUGUGCAAGGACUAUGAAAAAGAUGAGGAUGUCAACACCUGUUUAGAUAGAAUGGGAUAUGGCAUUGGUGUAAGGCUGAUUGAUGACUUUUUAGCUCGUUCAGCCGUGAAAAAGUGCCGCAGCUACUCUGAAACUGCAGACACCAUUGCGCAGAUUGCUUUCAAGAUGUACCUUGGGGUCACCCCCAGUGUGACCUGCAGUAGUCCUGCAGGAAAUGAAUUUUCCUUAAUCCUGGACCAAAACCCACUAGUAGACUUUGUGGAGGAGCUGCCAGCAGAACGAGCAUCGCUUUGCUACUGUAACCUCCUCUGUGGGGUGAUUCGAGGUGCUUUGGAAAUGGUUCACUUAGCAGCUGAAGUUACCUUCCUCCAGGACAGACUGAGGGGUGAUGCCGUGACAGAAAUAGGAAUUACAUUUUUAAGGAAGGCUGAAGACAGAAAGCACAAAAGAAAUAAAUGAACGAAGCAUCAGGAGAAACCCUUGCUGAGAGAUGUGUUGUGCCUUUUACUUCUGAGGAAGACCUGCUGGGUAAAAAUGACUUGGCUGAGCCAGUUGCACCAGCUGUACAUUUGAAUGGUGAAGUGAUGCAGACAGCAAACAGGAGGAUCAGAGCAAAUAUCAGUAUAAAGAUCUAAAUGACCUGUCCUUCCUUCUCAUAUAACCAUGCUCUUGAGCUCAGUGAAUGUUUUAUCUCAGUAUUUGAUGCAUGAUGAGUGCAAAAUAUUCAUUCAGAUGCCAACAUUUUUUUGCAGAUAGAAACUAACACCUUUUCCUGUGCUUCAUUUUUUGGUUGGUAAUCUUUCAAAGCACAGCUGCCAAGAGGUGCUUCAUUUUGCUGGCUGUUUGUGCUUAGGAAUAAUGAAUUUAUCUGCUGUGACUGCUGUAUGGAGGUGCCUGCUUUGAUGUGUAAUGGUUUGCUGUUCGUAGUCUUCCUAGACAGGGAUGUGGCUUCACAGAUGGCAGGCACCUGUUUGGUUCUUUAAGGCUCUCUCAAGUCCCAUAUGCAGUUUUGCUGGCAUGCCCCUUCAGCCCUGUGCAUACACCAGACUGCAGCACUCUGACAGCUGCAACAAUGCUUGUGUUGCUUCGAGCUGUGGAGCUUUUCAUUUCAGCCUUCACUUCAACAGUACUGCCCUUAUGACCAAAAUGAAUAAUGCAUGGUGUACUUAAUGUGUACUCACUGCAGAUCUGUGUUCA